GUGAAAAACAAGGAGCCCUCAAGGCGGCGGUCGUCGGUAGCCAGCCGCGAUUUCAAGAUUCUCGCCGGCAAGCCCGGGGGCGCCACCCGCUCAUCCGAGGGGCUCAUGGCACAGUCUUCCUCCCUGGCCCGCAGCACCACGGAGGGCCAGGAGCGGAAACCCACGGUGGAGGACUACGAAGCCUCGCAAGCCGCGAUGGAGGAAAUGGAGGGCCAGCUGUCCAAGCACGCCUCUCAACUGUCCGAAGAAGCGGAGACCCCCAUCUCCGGCCACUCCACUCACAUCGGGAGGCCCUUGAGGUCGCCCGCUGCAAGGUCGGGGAAGACGCUGCCCCAGAUAAACGGAGGCAAGAAGCAGAAGAAGCAGACAGGCGUGUCGUCGCUCCUGAGGGCGCAAGUUGGGGCGCUACUCUCGCACGGGAGCUACAGCGGCGCGGCUGAGGAAGUCGACUGCGACAUGCAG